GGCGCAGGAGCUGGCCAGGCUCCUCCCCCGGCCCGGCGAGCCCAUGAUGGUCUUGUCGGGAGCCCUGCGCGCCGCCGGCAGCCGGCUCAGAAUGGGAAAUAGUCCAUCUACUGCAAUGGGAUUGUCUAAUGCUGCUACUGUGAACAAGAUCCAGGAAACCAUUUCGGACAACUGUGUAGUGAUUUUCUCUAAAACAACAUGUGGCUACUGCAAAAUGGCAAAGAAACUGUUCCAGGAUAUGAAUGUAAAUUACACAGCAGUAGAAUUAGACAUGUAUGAAAACGGAAGCCAGUUUCAAGACAUUCUUCAUCAAAUGACUGGUGGCAGGACGGUUCCAAGAGUGUUUAUUAAUGGGGCUUUCAUCGGAGGUGCUACAGAUACUCAAAGGCUUCACCAGGAAGGCAAGCUGCUUCCAUUAGUUCAUCAAUGUCAAAUGAGAAGAGCAAAAAAUUCUGAUCUGCCAUGUAGCCUACCUUAACCUUAGUUAAAGUGCCCCUACUCUAGAUGUUUGGUACCUACAAAUCCAUCUUAGGCCUCUAAAUAAAUGGCCUGACUUUCAGAAACGCUGAGAACCCACAAGGUCUAAAAUUAGGCCAUUUAUUUGGGAGCCUAACUAUGAAUUCAGGUGCCAAUUGUUAAGCACCCAAACUUGAAAAUUUAGGCCUACGUGUGCAGCGUGGUCUACUAAACUAACUAGGGUUUGGAGCGAAUAAUUCAUCAAAUUGAAAUUAUUUAUCUAACACAGACAUUACGGCCUUGGGCAAUAGUUAAACCCUCCCUUCCUCAGCUUCACCAUUCAUAAAAUGGAAGUAAAAAUCAUUACCUACCUCACAGAGCUUUUGUGUGGAUUAGUUACUAUUUUGUUACAGUGCUUUGGAGACAUAAAGGACAACAUGUUUUAAAUAGGUUAAAAAGUGCUACACGAGGUUCUGUGAAAUAGGUGACAAACACAACUCGUGAAAACUUGCACUGCUUAUCACCUUCAAAACCUUGUAGUAUCCUAUUGAUUGUAAUGUGAGUUGGUUUGCUAUAUUUUCUAGCUAAUUUUACUGUCGUGUUGGAACAAAAAAUGACAGUGCAAUUUAGUGUUUCCUAUAAAAUCACGUCAGUGCUGAAGAUUGUCAAAUUAUGUACACUGAAGACACUAAAAAGAACCACUUAAUGUCUUUUAUUCAUAUGAAGUCUGCAGUUACAGAGAUUUUAAUUACAUUUCUGCAAAUGUAAAAGUUCUUUUAUUAAAGGCAGUAUCAUGGUAA